UUAUUUUUGGUAUUUCCAAUUUGGCUUGUCUUGUACUAGUAUAUAAAUAUAUAAACCUAAAAGUUAGAGGAUAUAUUCAUAAGAUGGAGAUACCAUGGAACUCAGAUACCCUUAAAGUAGUAUACACCGUGUUUGGAUGGGUUGCUUUUGUAGUUUGGUCUAGUAGUUUCUAUCCUCAAUUUUUCUUGAACUUCUCAAGGAAAAGUGUGGUUGGAUUGAACUUCAACUAUUUGCUAUUGAACAACACCAAACACACCUUAUACCUCAUCUACAACGCAUCUUUGUACUUCAGCCCUACUAUUCAAUUUCAAUAUCACCAAAAAUAUGGCUUUGAUCAGAUGAUACCUGUAGCUGCAAAUGACGUUGCCUUCUCAACACAUGCUGUUUUGCUAACAAUAGUGUUAUUAUUCCAAGUUGUAAUAUAUGAGCGUGGAAAUCAAUCAAUUUCAAAAAUUACAAUGGGAAUUAUCAUUGUGGUUUGGAUUACUGUUGGAGUUUGUUCCUUCAUAGCAUUCCCUUCCAAAUCUUGGCUUUGGCUAAUUUCCAUCUUUAACACAAUGCAAGUAGUUCUGGCAACUAUCAAAUAUAUUCCACAGGCAUUUAUGAAUUUCAUGAUCAAGAGCACUGAUGGAUUUAGCAUUGGGAAUGUGUUCUUAGAUUUCUUGGGAGGAUUGGCAAAUUAUGCUCAAAUGGUUACACAGUCAAUUGAUCAAAAUUCUUGGGUUAAUUUUUCUGGAAACCUUGGCAAAGUAUUGUUAUCUUUGGUGUGCAUGUUCUUUGAUCUUCUUUUCAUGUUUCAACAUUAUGUGUUGUAUCCUUCAAAGAAAACAUCAUCCGAUCCUCCUUCUAUACUUGAUGACAAAAUCACAGAGCCCCUCAUUAAGUCUCAAAAUCAGCCAGAAGCAACAAAUUUUCCAGUGGUUGAAAAUGUUUGAAAUUGUAAUUAAGUUUUGUCACACUACAUAUUAAUGUAGAUAAUUAGUUACCUGUAUGGUUUUACUAUGUAUAGGUAAUGUUUAUUUGUAGCGGCUUUGCCUAAUAUGAACAAGUUGAUCAAAUGGUGCAUGGUGCACCACUUGUCAAUAACUCUAUGACGAAUACAAAUUUUAUAAAAUACACCAUUUGAUCGAAAGUUUAUAUCAUAUAGA